AUGUGGUGGACGCUGCGACUCUUGCAGCGGGAAGCUGGCGCGGCCUCGCUGCCGUCUCUCACAGAGUCGACUGUCACACGGCAGUUAACCACAAAAAACCUACGCAGGCCAAAGAAGCUGCAGCGGCAAGUCUGGAUGGACCGGAUGAGAAAGCGCCGACGGGAGCGAGCAAAGAUGAUUGCCGCGCACGAGGAAGCGCAGAAGUUCGCCAUGAGCAGCCCCACUUUGAAUGGCCGCGACGUUGUGAUGGCCCAACUUGCCAAUGAAAUAUUUAGCCGAGGACACAAACAUGUCUGCUGUGCGACGAACAUCUCAUUUGUGCCAGACGGCAACCCUGCGAUGCCGGAGGUUGCCCUCGCGGGGCGUGGGAACGUUGGCAAGACGUCGUUGCUGCGGUCCCUCUUCCGUGCGUCCCGCGAGGUGGGGCGCUCCAACGUCAAGUUGCGUCGUGACGCAAUGAACUUUUUUAACGUCGGCGGCGGUGUGUUCAACGUGGUGGACCUGCCGGGCUUCGGCGGCACCUCCGUCCCGUGGUCGACCGUCCUGCAGCAUGCCGUGCUGCUUCGCAACUUUGUGCAGUACCGACCAAGUUUGAAGAUGCUGUACUACUGCAUGGAUGUGCACUACAAACACGGUGUCUACAUCCAAGACAUUGACGUCCUACGGUUUCUUUCAAAAGAGGUGCCGAACUUCACAAUUGUGCUGACAAAAGGCGACCAGCUCGAUACGACGGCGUCGAAGGAGGCGAUUCGCCUCGAGGAUGUUCGGAAGGAGCUGCUCUUUCACGACAUCAUGCAUCCUGUGCUUGUCACCAGCGCGUACCAUAUGGGCGGCAUUGACGCACUGCGCUUUGACAUGGUGAUGAACUGCAUGCACGCCAUCCCAACCGAGCGCCUCACGCUGACGGAGGCGAAAAGGCUUUCCGAGCGGCUGCUCUCGCAACGAGAGCUGGGCACAGUGCGCCAGUUGAACCUGCCUCCCACGCAGCUUCAGGAGGAACUAAUGACAUGGGACGCGGGGUUACGACAAGAAAGUGCCGCAGAAGAAGGAGGAGGAGGUGUGGUGGAAGCGACAGAGAGCAACGCUGCUAGAGACGGCAACGUGGGAGAACCACAACCCUCUCUGGCGACGCCCGACAGUAGUCGUAGCCGCGGCGACGACCAGAGUGCAGGUGGCGAAUGGGAGUCCACGGCAGUGGUGGAGGCGCCUUUGUCUCUGCGUUUCAAUGCCGUGCCGGAUCCUGAGCGAGAGGUGGCCUUUGGUUCCCUCUGCAAGAAGGUGACAAACACUGCCAUGAUGAAGUACGUCAGGCAGACCAGUCCGUGGCGCAACCCACUUGUUUGGCCAGCGAAUGUGAUACCGACGAAGCACCCAAAGUCGAACAUUAUGCGGUGCCCCGAGGACCCACACAAUCCAUAUCUUACACAGGCCCAUUUUGUUUGUCCCCGGGCAGACAUGUUCUUCCGUCGCCCCAACGUGGGUGUGCGGCGGGCGUCGAACAAGGGUCGGUAUGAAUCCGACCGGCCGCUUGCAUUCCUCAUGAAGCCGUACACCGUGCCAUAUUUUCCGGAUAUUGUGGACGUUGAUAUGCACCCACUUCCCUGGACCUUCCUCGGCAGCCGUGAGGCCUACUACGAAAGGGGUGGCGGUCGACAGCUGGGGGUACGCUUGACGCACUACGCCACAGCUGGGGAGGUUCAACCUCUGGCCGAAAAUCCGUCUCCCACGGAGCCGGAGCUUACAAAAGAGCUGCAGGCGCUUGAGCAGGCCCGCUAUGGGGUCACUAUUGCAAUGCUGCGGCCGCCCGAAAAGGCGUGUAAAGAGGAGCUUAGCGCCCCUGUUCUUACUGCUGCUGGCGCAAGGGGCCACGAACGUGUGGAUGGAUGA